AUGACAAGAUCGAACCCUUUCGAACCGGUUACUGGCGGGCUCAAAGGAACGAACGGCAACGAUGGGUGCAGAUACAGUAUUAAAGACUCUCAGGUCUACGGCCGAGCUGGAUGGCACAAGGAUGAGUUUUCCACGUCCAAGUCCGACACAGAGUAUCUCAAGACAACUAAAACGUAUCCAUCCGAAUAUGCCGGUCACGGAGUAAAUGGUCCUUCAUUUGGUCCGGCUUAUGUUGGCGGGUCGAGCACGUCGCUCCGGUUCCAAUACGAGACUUCCUGGACCUCACCGGUUUUGGUAUUCACCGAGUUGGACGGCGACUACCAGGAAUUGAUCAUGUGGGAACAGCUCACGGAUGCAUCUCGUGCAGCUUUGAACAGCAGCGAUAACUUUGGAAGGGCUGAGGUUCCGUUCAGUGAUGAAAAAUCGUAG